GUCAGCCCACGUUCUGAUUGUAGAUACCCGGCGCCUUCCUCUUCCCAUCGCCGCGGUUCCUCGCUACCGGUGCCUCCCUCCCACAUCUUCCUUCGCUCCGCUGGUCGCGGGCGCUCCUGGCCGCCGCGCCGCCUCUCAAAGCUACCGCUGCCCUCUCGGACUACGAGCGUCCUUCCACUUGGUGGCAUUUGCACCAUGUAAUCGAAGCUUAAAAGAAGAAAGAUGUUUCAAUGAAGACUGUGCUGAAUACAACUUAAGUUUUUUUAAGCCUAUAAAGAUAGGAGGUUUUAAAAUGGAAAAUUUUGAUGCAUCACUUAGUACCUAUUUCAAGGCAUUGCUAGGCCCCCGAGAUACCAGAGUAAAAGGAUGGUUUCUUCUGGACAAUUAUAUACCUACUUUUAUCUGCUCUGUCAUAUACUUACUAAUUGUAUGGCUGGGACCAAAAUACAUGAAGAAUAGGCAGCCAUUCUCUUGCCGGAGAAUUUUAGUGGUGUAUAACCUUGGCCUCACAUUGCUGUCUCUCUAUAUGUUCUGUGAGUUACUGACAGGAGUAUGGGAAGGCAGGUACAACUUCUUCUGUCAGGGCACACGCAGCGCAGGAGAAGCAGAUAUGAAGAUUAUCCGUGUCCUCUGGUGGUACUAUUUUUCCAAGCUCAUCGAAUUCAUGGACACCUUCUUCUUCAUCUUGCGGAAGAAUAACCACCAGAUCACGGUCCUUCACGUCUACCACCAUGCCUCCAUGCUGAACAUCUGGUGGUUUGUGAUGAACUGGGUCCCCUGUGGCCACUCUUAUUUUGGUGCCACACUUAACAGCUUCAUCCACGUCCUCAUGUACUCGUACUACGGUCUGUCAUCUGUCCCUUCCAUGCGCCCAUACCUCUGGUGGAAGAAGUACAUCACUCAGGGCCAGCUGCUUCAGUUUGUGCUGACAAUCAUCCAGACCAGCUGCGGGGUCAUCUGGCCGUGUUCGUUCCCUCUUGGGUGGCUGUACUUCCAGAUCGGAUACAUGAUCUCUCUGAUUGCUUUCUUCACAAACUUCUACAUUCAGACUUACAACAAGAAGGGGGCCUCGCGGAGGAAAGAGCACCUGAAAGACCACCAGAAUGGGUCCGUGGCUGCUGUGAACGGACACACCAACAGCUUUUCUUCCCUGGAAAACCAUGUGAAGCCAAGGAAGCAGCGCAAGGAUUGAAGCGGAAGAGUUGAAGACCUCCAAAACCCAUCGUCUGAUUGUAAGCACAGUAUGAGUUGUGCCCGAUGCUCGUUAACAGCUGCUGUAACUAGUCCGGCCUACAAUAGUGUGACUCAUGUAGGACCUCUUUCAUCAGUUCAAAACCCCUAGAAUACCUAUACAGAUUAUACACGUAGGCAUAAGAUUUUUAACAUUUCUGGGCUCUCACCGACCCUGCGCUAGACUGUGGAGGGCGUAUUAUUGUAGUAUACGACACUGCUGUUGCCUUAUUAGUUAUAACAUGAUAGGUGCUGAAUUGUGAUUCACAAUUUAAAAACACUGUAAUCCAAACUUUUUUUUUUUUUUUUACUGUAGAUCAUGCAUGUGACUGUAAAUUUGUACAAUGUUGUUACAGUAGAAAAACACACAUGCCUUAAAAUUUAAAAAGCAGGGCCCAAAGCUUAUUAAUUUAAAUUAGGAUAUGUCUCAAGUUUUUAUUCAUUUUUAAUAGCUCUGUUUAGAAAAAUCAAAGACCAUGAUUUAUUGAACUAGCGUGUGACACAUAAUGUCAAGUGACUUGUAUAUGUGAAAUCAGAAAUGGCACCUUCAGUUUUAUAAUAUUGGCUUUAAAUCAGGCAGGCUCAAUUCUAGUGGAACAGUCAGUUUAACUUUUUAACAGAUCUUAUUUUUUUAUUUUGAGUGCCACUAUUAAUAAUGUAAAAAGGGAGGGGGGGCUCUAAAGCAGUUUUGAUGAAACCUAAGUAUAUAUUCUUUGUCUUCAAGAUUUUAGGAAGUAUGUAGGGCGAGUGGGACAUUUAAAAUAUCUGAAGUGCUAAGUGUUUUUAUACGGGAAACAACGCCCAUUUUGCUUUCCACUCGUCAGAGGGAGGAUGUACACUUUUCAAAAGAGAUGAUUGAAUAUUUACCAUUUGACGGAAUCCCAUAGAUGAACAAUGGGGAACUAGUUGGCCAGGGUCCAAAUUUGGAUUGAUUCCUGUGCUGCUGUCUGUUUUGACACAAACUUCUUUUAAAAUGUGCCUAGCUUAUUAAAAUGAAUAAACGGGGGGAAAAGGGACCUUAAAAAAUUUUAAGGUAAAAUUAAACAGAUAGCUAUAGCCUAAGAGAACUGGGGAAUUGGAUAGAGAUAAUUUGUUUAAUGUAAAUCUAAUGGUAUCUGUCAUUUUUUUUUUCUGCUUAGAAUCUAAAGAUUUGUGUAGAACUGCUUAUUUAAAAAUAAGACUGCUUAUCAUAAAAUCAUGUCUAUCACACUUGAGGCAGUGGUCAAACAAAUAAGGACUAUUGUGUGUGUCAUUUUAAAGUGUUGAAAUUUAGUCUCUGAAUAUCUUCUCCAUUCGGGGAAAAAACAGUCAUUGAACCACUCGUGACGCAUCUGAGAAGGUCAUCGACAAUGUAUAAACUAAUUGUUGGUUUGAUAUUUAUGUAAAUAUCAGUUUAUCAUGCUUUAAUUUUGCACAUUCAUAUUAUAGGGAGCCGAUUGGUUCUCUUCUUAGUCUUGUGGGUUUUCUGUUUGGAAGGAGUCACAGCAUCUGUUUACAUUUACCUUAUCAAAUCUAGAAUGUGUAUAUUUGUAAAUGUGUGUCUUCCUAGGUACUAGUUUGCGAAUGUCUUUACAUAUUUCAAUACAGAAACUAUAACAUUCAAUAGUGUGCUGUCAAAGUGUGCUUUAGCUCACCUGGGUAUAUCCACACUGUUAAAUAAUGUCUGAACAUUAAUCAUUAAAACAUUUUUGAUUACCUGUG